GCAGUUCCGUUCAAUUGUAUUUCGGCAGUCCUCAGUGUUGUGCGUGGUGUGCGUCGCUCGCUCUCUUGGCUCAUUUUUUUUCUAUCGGUCUAACACCACUACUAUUCCAUCAUACCAUCGUACACGCAUCAAAUUGAUUGCGCAAAUAGCGAAGAGUGUACGACCGUAUAGGAGCAAAAGAGAAAGAGCACCAUCCAGUGAACUCCCGCAAUAUACGCGCACGCACAUACACAAAGAGCGUUUGUGUUCCGAUCGUAAGCGGUGCGGCGAUUCGCAACAGCAUAAUUAUCGUUCCCAAGAGGUGGGCGAAAGCGAUUAUCACAGAUUGCAGCUCCCGGAGGUGUAGAAAGGUGGUAAAUUGCAGUGAACGGAAAUAUCUUCUGCUCAUACCGAAAAACCGACCCAUGUCGCUUGUGGUAGCAUAAUAGCGUACCAGUAACAGCACCAACCACACACACACACACACCAAUAACGUGCGCGUGUACUGACAAGUGUGUAAGUGACAUAUGUGUGCGUGAAGUAAGCAGCAGCAGUAGCAGAAAGUAUUAGUGGGGUGGUGUUGGUUCCGUCGAAAAGUGCGUGCAGUUUACGCGUGUCGAAAAAGAGCAAGAGUGGUUAGCCCACACGCAUGUUAUCUCGCUCAUCGGAAGGAAGUGCAUAUCUAAAAGCUACUUGGCAAAACGAGCUAGCAGGCGAACAAGCGAGAGCGAGAAGCUCGGGAAGCAUUCGUGGUGUGCGUGUGUGUUCGUGUUGGUUCCGUUCUGUGUGUAGAGAGCAGCCAUUUUUUAUCACUCUUGCAGGCCAUCCGUCGACACACAGGGGGUGAGAGAAGUUUUGUUCUGUCAACUCUGGACGGGAGGACAAUUCGACGACUGUUUUGCUGCCAUCAUCGCGCGGUGUGUGUCUCUGCUCUCUGUCUGUCCGUCCGACGUGCGAGUGUGAACAGUGAGUUUCGGAACCAAAAUCCGUCGUGCCGUGUGUGCGUGUAAAGUGCCGCUUCCUUUCCGGGACCCGAGAAGCGGGUGGCUGCUAUUUGUUGUGUGUUUCCUGUCGCUCCAUAAUAAGAACACGCGUUCCUACUUCUGCCCUACUGCACAGCAACGCAAUCGCUGUGUGUCUCUCUGUUCUGUAUCGGCGACACACACACACUCACAAGAAUACACCAGCGCGCCUAGGCCAACAAACCCCGUUGUAGGGAGGUAACGUGUUAAGCUAAUCUCAUCUCUGCUUCCUGUCAGCUCCCGUGCGCUUAGCCGCGGGAACUUUAGCAACAGCCUCAAAAUUACGACCGUAAACAUGACGAACAAGGUGCUGGCGGCCGUGCAGGACCUCCAGAAGCAGCAGCAGCAACAACAGCAGCAGCAGCAGCAGCAGCAACAGCAACAGCAGCAGCAGCAGAAUGGUGGCAAUGGGGGAGGUGGUGGUGGCGGUGGCGGCGAAGCUGGCCAGACGGCUGGUGGAGCUGCCGGUGGUGGCGCCCAAAGCUCGGACAACAAUUCGCGCACCAAUCUGAUCGUCAACUAUCUGCCACAAACGAUGACGGAGGAAGAGAUCCGGUCACUGUUCUCGAGCGUCGGCGAGGUGGAGAGUGUGAAGCUGGUGCGGGACAAGAACGUCAUCUAUCCCGGCCAGCCGAAAGGGCAGAGUUUGGGUUACGGGUUCGUCAACUACCAUCGGCCACAGGAUGCGGAACAGGCAGUGAAUGUGCUGAACGGACUGCGGUUACAGAACAAGGUGUUGAAGGUGUCGUUCGCGCGCCCCAGCUCCGAGGGCAUCAAGGGUGCGAACCUGUACAUCUCCGGGCUACCGAAAACGAUCACCCAGGAAGAGCUGGAGACGAUUUUCCGACCGUACGGUGAAAUCAUCACGUCGCGCGUUCUCAUCCAGGAAGGCAACGAUAAGCCGAAGGGGGUCGGUUUCAUUCGAUUCGACCAGCGCAAGGAAGCGGAACGCGCGAUCCAGGCACUGAACGGUACCACGCCGAAGGGUCUCACCGAUCCGAUCACGGUCAAGUUCUCGAACACGCCGGGCCAGAAUGCGGCGGCCAAGGUGGUGCAGCCAGCCCUGCCAGCCUUCCUGAAUCCGCAGCUAACACGCCGGCUCGGUGCGAUCCACCAUCCGAUCAACAAGGGUCUGGCACGGUUUUCGCCGAUGGGUGGUGAGGUGCUGGACAUGAUGUUGCCCGCCGCACCUACCAACGGUCUGAACGUGGCACCGUCCGGUGGUUGGAGCAUAUUCAUCUACAACCUGGCACCGGAAACGGAAGAAAACACGCUGUGGCAGCUGUUUGGCCCGUUCGGCGCUGUGCAGAACGUGAAGGUCAUCAAGGAUGCGGCUACGAACCAGUGCAAGGGUUACGGUUUCGUCACGAUGACCAACUACGAGGAGGCGAUGCUGGCCAUCCGCUCGCUCAACGGCUACACGUUGGGACAGCGCGUUCUGCAAGUCAGCUUCAAGACCAACAAAUCAAAUAUGCAACAUUAAAGGAGGACUCCAAACAUAUGUGUGCGUGUGUGUUGACGAGUAGAGCAGGCAAACUCCAAUAAGCGCGAAACUGAAACAAACAAUUCAAACCCCCCACACAUUUAGCGGGACAGCAGCAAAACAAAGGGAGCCGCGGGCCUCCGGGGAAAAAUGGGAAAUCGCGUCAGCCAGAGAUGUCUUCGCAACCCAGCAGGUAAAACCCAUAAACUAACAUUUCGUGGAGGUGUGUAUGGGGUAGGGUCAAAAUACCAACACCCUCUCCCCGUACACACUUGGUUGACGACACCUAAUCAGUCUCUCAGAGCCCACACGUGUGUGUGCCCCCGAAAAAACAAUCGAAAAGCUGGUAAAUAGGCCGUAAAUAGCGAUAAAUGCACUUGCGUUGUGCAAAAAUCAUUGAAUCUUACAUAGAUAACACAGAAACCACCACCUAAACUUACACACUACGGAAAACGGAAGCGAAAGUGCAAGUAAACGCAAAUCUAGUCAAAAGUCAGAAAUGAUUAUAGGAAGGGAAGCUAGCAGACGACGAUCGACAUUGGUAACGAUUUAGCAGCAGCAAAAAAAGAAAACAGGAGCAAGGAGUGAAACAUGCAUCUAUAGGUUUUUGUGUUUUUUUGCCUAUAUUUUAUAAACGCUAGGUUUUUUUUAUUAUAUAUAAUAUAUAAAAUUAUGAUUAGUCUACAACUACUGUACACAGGAGAUAACGUGCAUUUUUUCUAAACGUUUGCUACCAAAAAAACACACACACACGAAAGAGAAAAUGAUGUAGGGUUUAUCGAUAAGAGGGCAGGGACAAGUAAAAGGACAUCACAAGGAGUGUGUAGGUGGGCAAUCUUUUUAAGGCGUUGCCAAGCGUUCUCUGAAUCAAAUCCCUUACUGUUCACAGCAUACCUUUUCCGGUCACUUAGGUAAAUGCUUUUGGAGGGUAAGGCACGAUCACAGUAGUCGAAGUAAGAAUAUAAUUAUAUUGCUAUAUAUAUACACACAAACACACACACAUACAUAUUUGCGAUAUAAUGUGGGAGGGAUGCAGGAAUUAGAAGAAUUUUAUUUAUUUGCUUAACUUAUUUAUUGGGAUAAAUUGUAGGUGAAAAUAAAGAAGAAACAAAAGGCAUAGGACAAAUGCAAAGUGUGUAAAGAAGAAGAAGCAGUGAGUCAGAUGAAUUUGUGAACCCCUGGUUUUGUGGUGUGAGCGUCGCUAGGGUGAAAGGAAGGAAAGUAAUGUUUGUUAAGUGGUUCGAGUAUGAUUUCCAUUAAAACAAAGCAGCAGUCUGAGUCUGUGAAACACGAUGCGCCGCCGCCUAUAGUAGCAUAUCCUUUGCUGGGCGGGAAAACAUGGGAAUCUGAUAAUGAUGAAACCACUAUGUGCAACACCUGUACUCCUCCGAAUCACACUUACAGACAUACAGACACACGCACACAGUGGUAUGGAAUUGCAUACAGCUGGACACAUUCAAGUCGAUCUCAAACACUUCUCUAGCAUAAUGAUAAUGAUGGCGAGAACGGUAGUAGACACGGGGGCUUAACCUGGGAAAAAGCAAAAAAUCCGGACCCCCCCUUUUCCUCCACCCUUGUUUGUGUUGGGAGAGUCAAAAGGAAUGUGAACGAGAUUCAAAACGAGAACAAAAAAAAAAACAAAACAAAACAAACGAAAACUAAACAGAACGCGCGUACUUAAGGGAAAAACACUCUAGAGGACUCUACUUCCUCUACUUGGGACGAAACAUAACUUAUACGGUGGUGAAGAACACGGUGCUAAUGUUUCGAGCGAGAGUCGUCGUUCUCUGGUUUGUUGUCCAAGAACAUGAUCUCAACACGCGGAUGGCUGCGCGCUAAAGUCUGCAAAUGUUCAAAGCGCGCAAACCAGUCGUCAAAACCUUUAAUUUAGUGUCAUAAAACGGGGCGGGGUGGUAGCGUGGCAAACGUCCUCCCUCCCCCGGAAGCCCACACACACACACACUAGUCUAGUUAAAGCGGAUGGGUGGAGAAAGGAUAAGAGGAUAUGGAAAGAAAAAGUGGUAGCGAAGAAGGGAGGAGAGAGAGUGAGAGAUAGGGGAAAAGGGAAACUUAGUAUAAAGUAUUUAUAAUAACUUAUUACAAACUCGCUAGCCGUGCUCGAGCUACUUUUAAUUGCGAAACGCAGUUGAGCAAAAACCCACCACACACACACACACGCAUUUGAAGGCAUGAUUUUUUGAAGUACGUGAAAACUUAAGGAAUCAAAAAAGAGGACAAAUCUAGCAAAGCUGACCUUUACAAGCAAAAUGCGCUUGCAAUAAUGCGUGAAGGAUUUUGUGUGCCGAUUUCACUCGCCCGUCCGGCGGCUCCCCUUUACCCCCCCACUCACACACAUCUCAUUCGGUUCUGUUACUUCUACCUCUUUCUUUUGCUGUAUGUUCCACGUUUUCUUGUUCCCCCCAUACUUUUUAAGAGCCACUAUUUCUCUUCCUUGAAGCGUGUUUACUGGAGUUUCUUUUAAUUUAUUUUCCAACUCGAUAAAGCGCACCGUCGUCACGAGAACGAUUUUCUUUUCUGCUAGUUUUUUUUCUCGUUCUCGGUUAACAUUUAAACAACAGUAGAAGAGGCAGCAGCAGUAGUGGCUGAGAAAAAGGAGCUGAGCUCUGUCGGUGCUGCUGCUACUGCUGGAAUAGUGCGUACAACUUACGCUUUUCUCGAACCCUUCACCAUACCUAGUCUACGGGGACAGGCAAAAGAUGGAUGGAACAAAGUAUCGCACAGUAAUUUUUAAGCAAACGAACCCAACAAAAAAAAAGACCCAUUAUCCCUGUGCUUCGGGACAGGAGUAGUGUAACCAGAGGGAUGAUGGGGGAAGAAUGUUAUUGGUAUAUAAUUAUUAUUCUACAUGCAUAUUAUAUACCAUUCUGUCGCUUUUUGGGGCGGUCAGAAGGAUACACCCAAGUUAAACCUAACGUAUAGUGAAAACGGGCAAAAGCAAAGGGAAAAGCCGAUGAACGUAAAAUGAACGAAUACUCUUUCUCCUCUUAGAAAAUAAAAAGGCAACAACCGGAAGUAAAGCACAUGCUGUUGCUGCUGUGCUGCUGCUGGAAAACAUAGUUUAGUCCGGAGCAUUUAAAACACUGCUGCCGGUAACAUAAUCGCAGCGUGAGUGAGAAAGCGAAUCAUGGUAUUAUCCCCACACGUGUAGCAUAGUAGUCCGCCGAUACUGAUUACAGGGUUUCUCAGGCCAGUUAAACAUAGUAACACUGUAUGUUGAACCUGGCCUGAGAACCCCUGUAAUGUUGAGCAAAGCACGUGUCUCGAACGAGAGCCUAGCACUGUGUGAAUAAAAAGGGGGAAAAUUGUGUUUUAGGUUUAAACUAUACAUUGCAAACAGGAAAUAGUUGGCAUUUAAAAAAGAAAAACAAACAACGGCUAAAUUAAUCAACCGUACGUACAUUACACAAAGCAAAUAACUCAUUUCGUGUACAGAGAGAUAAUGGGGGGAGGGUUGAAAGCGUGGAAGAUGGAUACACACACAUCAUUGCACAGAAUGUUUGUAAAGUGAACAAUUUUACACAUCACUUACUAGCCAGUGUCUCUUCCGUUUACUGCGUUCAUUUCCUUACCGGAUAUCUCAAUCCCCCGUGGUGCUGUAAGCAGACACACAACAGUUAAGCUCUCUCGCUCGCGUAUGCUGUUACUAUUUGACCAUAGUCUUUUUUAUGAUUUAACCAUUUAAUUUUCCUUCAUGUAAAAUUUGUCUUUUGGUUUCUUUUUUCCAAAAUUCAACACCAAAGCACUGCGCAAACAGGGACGGGAAAACCGCAAGCUGCUUUUGUAGCAGAAGAGGAAUCAACCAACCUGCACAAGCUGCACUUGGGUAAAAGUGUAAGCUUUUUUACUCAGUUAACGCUUAGCUUGUUAGCUGAAACCUUCAAACAAUUCCAUUUUCCAGCUGUGAUACGAAGACUGUUUUGUAAGACACAGAAAGCAGAGGGCAGGCGCUUUUUACUUGACGCUUUUACCUCGUUUUUCGCACUCAAGGUGGUUUUCCUUGUGGAUCAUCCUCUAUUCAACUAAACUUUUUGUUUGUUUCUGUAGCUUUCAAAAUUUCAUUUUCUGUUUUACCCACCCUCCCAUUUUAUCUCUUUUUCAUAUGCUUUACUUUCGUUUUUUUAAAAUAUAUUUUACAUUUUUACUCCCCGUUCUCAUGUUUCGAUCUACAAUCGGUACGGGUUUCUGUUUAGUUUUUCGUUUGUUUUGUUCUGUUCUUUUGUUUGAUUUCGUUUUGUUCUUAUGAGUUCUCAUAUCCUUUCUCUCUUUUGGGACAUCAAUUUCAAGUAUGACAUCAUUAUACUAAUUUACUAAACAUCACGCCCAAAAGGAAACCCAUUUUAACGGUGAUGGAUUGCAUUAACAACGCCCAUUUUUUGGUUAAAGAAUCGAUGCUUAACAGCAAAUAGUAUCCAGAUUCUACAAUCAAUGCAUGGGAAUGAUCAGGGAGUGGCUCCGAUCUUUCACACGGCAGGACCGCGUAUCAAAUCCCAUUCAGACCGUUCCGCCGUUGGUCUGUCUAUCCAAUUUUGUGGUAUCGUUAAGCCCAGCGAUCCAUUAUGCGGCCCCGGGCGUGUCCUUACCAGGGUCGUUAAGCCAGAGCCAACACGCACCCACAGAUACCAAAAAGAAAGGAUACAAAAAAUCCCACAAAAACCGCGUGAACGAAUCUCGCUAUGAUAUGACAAAUUUGUGCUUUUCAGCAGUGUGUAAUGCAUUGCCAGGCCCAGGGACGACACGAGGACGAAAAUUAGUAAUUUUCGAAAUUCUUUCCAUCACUUCUUGUAUCAGUUACUCUCCUCCUGCUAGCAGUUUUAUCAACAUGAAGCAGCGUUUACACGGCGUAUCGAUUAUUUACAGUAUAAUAUCAUCCUUUCUUAAGUUAAACUUUUAGUUUGUAAGAGCCAAUUUUUUUUCUUGCGUGGUGUUUCCGUUUGCAGUGCCGUUGGGAUAAAGGGAUUCCAUAGAUUUUUUUAAAAUAAAUUCUCUUUCUUUUCCAUUUUUUUUCGUUCAUCAACUUUUAAAUUUCUUAAUACGAUGCGUCAGUGUGUGUUUUUUUUUGCUUUUGUGGAUUAAGAUUUCUUAGUUAAUAAACGAAACGAAUCGCUGGAAUGGUUCAGGGAAAAUUCACAAAACAUGAUAGAAGAACAACAAUGUGUGCAAUAGAGAGAGAGAGAGAGAGAGAGAGAGAAAGAGCGAAUGUUCUUUAGUUUCCAUCGUGUUUGUCUUAUGGCAAAUCUUACCCACUAAAUCUAUCGAUACCAGCUGCGUAGCAUAAGGCAUAGGGUUUAUUUUCCUUUUACAAGUUUUUUUUUUGUUGUAAAGCCAUCGAAUCGGAUUAUUUCGGCAAUGGAUCGCCCAGAUUCGCAAAGAAGCGCAUGCUUAGAGGCUCCUGUCCGGGCGCGGGAAAUAAUUUAUAAUUGGCUUGAAUUAAUAAUUGUGUUUAAAAGGGGUUUUAUGUUUUGUGUUUUAAUGUAAUAUUUUUUUCUUGUGUCCUAAUUUUCUUAUUCAUUUCAAAUACUAGAGAGAAAGAGAGAGAGAGAGUGUGUGACUAUUUAUAGUAAAGAUUAUUUUUUGCCCUAAAUAAAUCAACAUAAAUAUAUAUUUAUACAUAUUUUGUCCUUUCCCCUCAAAUUUGUGUUUUUUUUUUCUUGGUCUCCUUAUUAUUUACACAAUUUAUGCAAUUUAUGCGUGGAGUGUGAAAGUGUCAUAAGCAAUAGAAGAAGCAAAGCUGCUGAGGCUGGGUGCGAGAGAGAGAGAGAAGCAUACAAACAUACACAUACAUACAGAGCAGCAAGAGGCAUUAAUAUGAUCAGUGUUUAUAUUAAAAUAAUGAACUAAUGUAACCUUCACCAUAUUCGAGUUACACACACACACACACGCAUUUUAGCACACCAGCCAUAUAAUAACAGACUCAUGAAAAAAGUGUUUUCUUUUGGGGUUUUUAUAUACAGACAGAGAAAUUGUUUCAAGAAAUUAAAUGAACAGGAAGAAACAGGAAAACAAAACAAAACAACCAUAGUAUGUAUGAUACAUCUCGUUUUUUAUCUGCUUUCCUUUCGAUCGAUCGUGUUCUAUUGUGUACAUACAAUUAUGAAUUAUUAUAAUGCAGUGUAAUAGCAAGCAACCAGCUACCAGAGAGCAGAGGAAGAAGAAUUACAACAAUGGUAAAGCAAACAAAACAAUGAAGAAAAAACACACAUAAACAACAACACAUCACACAAAAAAGAGAAAAUAGCAAGCAUUACAAAAGUAAAGCAACAAUAUUAUACACACUUCAUAUAUCAUAUAUUAGGCGCAUUACACACCCCCGGGAAGGGCGGAAAAGUGAGUGGGUGGAAAAAUUACAACAUGAUGAUGAUGAUGAUAAAGCAUGAAAUGAAGCAGUGAGCAGCAAACAGAUGAGAGAAGAAAAAAGAAGAGAACAGCAAACAGCAACAACAGAACAAAAAUAAAAAUCUUAUAAUUUAAGUACGUAUUUGUUUUGGUUUUUCAUUUUUCUUAUUCGUCAUACUUGGGUUUUUGGUUUUGUGUUCCGGUUCCCGAUUCGGUUUACUUCUCUCUAUAUUGUUUUUUUCGUCUGUUUCUGUGAGGUAUUUCAAUUAAUUACACACACCAACAUACACACACACACACACACUCACACACAUGCAACCCAUCCACAACGUACUAAUGUAAUCAAUCCACCAUGUGUCGCGUAUUGGAAGAAAGGACACUAACACUAACACUAACUCAAACAAUGAAACAAUACGAAAGAGACUUACUUAGUGUUGAAACAAUAGAAAAAAAGACACACAUUCACUAAUACACAGAAACAAACAGACAGACAAAACCGGACAAAAACAUCACAAAUUCUGCUCUCUAGUGUGUUUCUGUUUCAUGAUGGUUCGUUCUUCUUGGCACCAGUUUCGUUUUUCGUUUGUGGGCAAUUUUGUGUGCGUUUCUGUCAUUGUUUGUGUGUGUGUGCGUGUGUGUGAGUGUGUUUGAUAAUCUUCUAGUGGCACACUUUAUUGUGAGGUGUUUGCACAAUGAAAAACGUGCAUCGCGUGCGUGCGUGUGUAUGUGUGUGUUUAUUCGCGCUCCCAGAUUCGUUGCGUCCACACCAAACCCAACAACUCACACACACAUUAACUUGUCUCGGUUCUUUUGUUGUUUCGUCCUCAUAUUGCUGCGCUCUUAUUAGCUGCUUCUACCACCUAUUGUUUCAUCCCUUUGUUUUCCACGUACCCACCCCCCAAUCGAACCGUGUGAGUUGUCCACACGGCGUCUUCUUGUGUGUGUGUUUUUUGUUUCUUUUAUCUUCGGUUUGUCUCUUAUCCCAAUGCGUUGAUGACUGUUUUGCAAACGAGUGUUGUGUCUUAUAUUCGGUUUACACAAAUACCUACGCACACACACACACACAUAUCAAAAACUUUUAAAAACACCACCUUAAACAGCGAUCAAUGGAACAAAACAGAGCAAAAAAAAAAGCAAAAAAGGAUAUUACUCCACCAUGACCGUUGUGCUGUUCAAGUCACCUUUAGCCUCUAUAUCUCCAUUGCUCUCCGGUAAUACCACCUGCUGCUAGCCAGUCUUAUACUACCUAAUCCGUUCGUUCGAGUACCGUCCGUUCGUAUCCUUCGAUUUGCGCUCUCAUUUCAUUUUGGUCUUUAUCGGUUCCAUUUGUUGUGUCUGUUUCGGUUGUGUUUGUGGGUAAGUAAGUACUUUUAUUCUUUCCUUACUUUAAUUCCAUUUUAAUUCUGCUUUCAAUAUGGUAUGUCAUUCAUGAUUGUAUGUGUUGUUUUCUAUAUAUAUAUACAUAUCUUUAUAAAACUUUUCGCAAAAAUCAGUAUGUUAUUUUUAAAUGUAUUUUGUAUAAAAAAAACAAAACACCUAAUGUCAGCACUUGCCAAAAACACACACACACACACACACUCACAAAAAGCAAGCUGCAAAUCACGAACAAAACAACAAACUUACAAAACACAUAAAACAAAACAGAAAAAUACAAAACAAAUUAACAAACAGACAGAUAGAGGAAGAAAAACCAGCAGACAUGUCAAACGAACAAACUACACUACUACUACUGCAAACAAAAACAUCAAACCACAAACACACUACUGCUUGUUCUCGAUCAGUUGGCAGUACCCAAGUUUAGUAGCUACCUUAUUGAUUGUUAGUUGUAUUUUUGAAAAAUUUUAUACUUUAGCCCAGAUGUAUGGUAUAAGUUGUUUUUGUUUCAACCACCAGCAAUCACCACCAGAAAACACUCAAAAACACACUUGUCUCAUUGAAUUGUGCACUGUUUUGUUUAACUGUGUAUUGCACAGCGAAAUCGUUAAAAUUGUACUAAUUAAGUAAUGAACCACAGUUUUGUUUUUCAACAUUUUUUUUAGUACUUUGCCUGAUAGUUUACCAUAUUUGUUAGUUGUUUUGUUUUGUUAUUGUGUUUCAUUCAAUGUCUCGUUUACUUUAAGCCACGGAGAAACGCAUGCCAGGUUGCUCUUCGCUCUAAAAUGAUCGCAGCCACUGCGGUUUCAGUUACAUUCAUUCGUUUUUCUUUUCCUUUCUAACUUUUUCUUACACUCGAUGUGUGUGCGUGUGUGUGUGUGGUUGCGCGUGUGAGUUAUCUUGUUCAUUCGUUUGUUAUACAUUCUUUAGUUUGUGUUUGGAACUCACUUCAAUUCAUUCAUUCAUUGCUUGAUUUUGUUUCUAUUUCACUUCAAAGUAAUUUACCAUUUAUCUGUUUAGCUGUGUAUGUGUUGUUAUUAUGAUUGUUAAAAUUAUGUCUAUAUAUACUAUAUGUAUGUAUGUAUUGUUUCUACCAAAAAAAGCGAAACACGCACCACCAAGCCCUGUUAUCUAUCUUCCAUGCUUUCCGUUUUUUGUUCUGCAACUUUCUAUUUGUUUGUUUUAAUUCACCUACAAUGUACUGAGUAUGUAAACUAUCUAUUCUUUAACUUUUUUAGCAUUAUAACGAUGUUUUUUGAGUUUUUUUUUUUAUUUUACCAAUUGCCAACCUUGUUCAUUGCGCGUGCAGCUCAGUUUUUAUACGUGUUUCUCUCCGAUUUGGGUUUUUCUUUUCCAAAAUCAGAUAAUUUCUUUUCCAUCUUCAGUUUAUUUUCAGCAGCCUAAUCAACCGUUCGUUUGCAAAAUGGGAGUGAGAGGUUUCGAAAAAUCAGUGCAGCAAGACAGAGAACUGUACGGUUGUGUGUGCAGGCAUGAGGCAAAGGUUCUCCAGUGCGGGAGGAACCACGUGUAGAGGAGGUUGGUUCGGAAUAGUCGUGGAAGCUGUUUAAAGAAAUGUUUGUAGUGUUCCAAGUGAAGCGUAACAGUGUAUUAGUAGCUGUAGUCCUUUCGUCGUAAGCUUAUUUGCCAGCUGGCUUCUCACUAAUCCAUCCAAUCUACGCCCAAAGGCUGUGACACAAAAAAAGGCGGCGUCCAUAACUGUUUUUCAGUUCUGUGUCUGUUUAUAGUUAAAUCCUCCCUUUUUAUUGUUUCUUCACAAGUGUAUCAAAUGAGAAAGAAAAUACGCAGCCAAAGCCAGCCAAAUGUUAAUAAAAAUAAGACUGAAACUAAAAAGAAAAUAUAUGAUAGGGCUUCAUAGAGCUAGCUAAAAGCAGGUGAACGAUUGUGCAGCAAAUGUGCGAAAAAGUGAUUUAAGUAAAAAACAAACCCAACCGACAGGCAUAAAUCAUAUCUCACCGACAGUACAAAAAUGUACAUCCAGCAAUGUGUGUCGAACAUUACGAUAGCAGCGAGACGGCAGAAGCGUUUCGUUAAAAAGAUAUAAAGAUAGUUAAAAUGUAGCCAAUUUUUUUUUGUUGGGAAAAAUUAGAUAAUAAAAUCCUAGCUAAAGUUCGGAACGAAUUAAAAACCAAACAACACACGGGAAAAUGUAUAAAAUACAGUAAACGAAGGGUGGAUUAAAUGGAAAUUCGCCGGCCGAUUUGUUACCGCCCGUUAGAGAUGUGAAAUAAAUAUCAAUCAAACAUCAAAACUGCACACGCAAUCUUUGCGCCGCUUGAAUUGACUUUUGUCCCUAUAAAUAGCCCGCUCCUGCGACCUGAGUUUUCCACACACACGCACACCAGGCGCGAUCUAAACCGAAAGGAUAUCGGUACGGCGAAAAUCGCGCUUUGGGUGUGGCUGCUGGCUGGCUGGCUCGGCUGAUCCUGAUUCCCUAUCGCUACAACACACACACACAAGCACCACCAUGCCUUUGCACCCACACACACAGGGGCAAACGCAUCCUGUCCCGAGUGUGUGUGUGAUACAGCUAGGAAAAUCGAAAUUUUUCCACUACUAAGGCACCGAUUUCCCGGGGCCUCAGCUCGGCUGGGAGCAAAUUAAAGUACCGAAAAGGACACCGUCGACACACACUCUCGGGCCCGAACUGCGCAUGAACCCCGGGGAAAACCGCUUGCCAUGUGUGUGUGUGUGUGUGCGGCGUUCGUCGGAAGUUUGCGGGGAAUUGACGUGCCCGGGCGCGUGGGUGGAACUUGUGUGGUACGGAAAAUCGAUAUUCGGUCCGUACCGGGUUUUUCUGCAAGGAGAAGAAAAAGUCCUUGUUUUUCGGCGUGGAAAAGAAACGCAGGAUACGUUUUCAAGAUUUGAAAGCUGGUUAAUCGAGAUGAGUUUAAUAAUUAAAAUGGGUUUGUAAGAAAAUUUAAAAAAGUGUUAAUAAAACCAUAUCUCCUAUUACGGAAUUAUUAAGGUGAACCGAAUGAAUGUUUUAAUACUCUCAAACGUGUAAUAUUAAUAUAAAAAUUAACAAAUGAAAUCUGUUUAAAGUAAUAAAAGUUCAAUUGAAAA